GUGCGGCAGCCAUAUUUUUUGUUGUCGUCAGGAAGCUCCCAGCUGCCGGCGGUGUGUGUGCAUGUGCGUGUGCUUCCCCGUGGACCUGGAAGCUUGCACUGUUGGGAAAAAACGGACCGAUCUGCUGCAAAAUGAACAGCAGCAAAGAGGCCCUUUUAGACGAGCUCACUGAUUUCGUGAGCCAAAAGCCCGCUGAAAUUCCUUCGGUCCUCGACGAGUACCUGUGCCACAUCGCGAAGACUGGCGACACUCUGUUCCCAUGGCACAAGUUGAAGCCACUGCUAUGUCGAAAGUUGGAACUUGUCAUGAACGAAUUCCACAAGGUUUCGCCUACAGACGACUUACCUGCCUUACCCAACGUGGAGGUGUUCAAGUACGAUGAAAUGAAAGAAAAGGUCCUGGAGGCCGUCAAUUGCUUCAACAGUGCACCAUUCACCAUCCAGCGGUUGUGCGAGCUUGUGGUUGAUCCUAGGAAGCACUACAAGCGCACGGACAAGUUUAUGCGUGGCCUUGAGAAGAAUGUCCUGGUUGUGAGCACAAUUGAACCAAAGUCUCUUGCUGCACUACAGCAAGCUAAUGCUGCUGCAACGCCGAUGGUCAACGGCAUUCCUGGAGUGGAAGAUGGUGGAAUCAAUGGCCAUUUCGCUGACACCACGGAGGACUCACUCAAUCGCAUGGAAGGGGAAAAUGGUCACUGUGAAGAUGAGGGCAUCUGUGCCGAUGACCCCGGUACCAACGUUGAGGUUCCGUCUUCUGCUGCCGACGACGCAAGCUUGGCUGAAGCGCCGCAGCCAGUCACAGAAGAAGUAGUUGAAGAGCAAGAACUUGAGCCAUCAGGCUCCGCCGAGCAGACCAACGCAGAGUCGUCAGAGUGCGAAAAGGAAGCAGAUGCUGAACCUUCAGCUCCAGUUGAGCAAGCCGAAGCUGAGAAAGAAGCAGAGCCACAACCUGCAGAAGAAAUCGCAGUGGAUACACCAGUAGAAAGCAUAGAGUCUGCACCAUCCGCCAGCGACGAGGAGCCUGUUACACAUAAUGAAGAACCUGUGGAGGAAGCACCAUCAGGAGCAAGUACGUGUGAUAAAGGCGUUGCAACUGAGGAGGUUGCUGAAGCAUCGAGCGAAAGUGGUGCUGCAGAUGUAUCUGGCACUCGGGAAGAGUCGUCAUCUGAUGAUGCAGCGAAAGAGCCAUCCGUCUCGGCAGAGGACCACUCGGAAGCUGACGCCCUGCCAGUUGAUGCUUCUGAGCCGAAACCGGCAGAAACUUUGGCUGUGGUUAAGGAAGGCUCGUUGGAAGCGGACUGCUGUGACUCCAGCAUUUCUGAAAUGCCAGAAAGCGAGGAAGAACUGAAGGAGCCCCCACUGAAGAAGUUUCAUCCUGAACCUGAAACGCACAUAGAAGAACAGGGAACGGAGGAGCAGGAACAGCCAUCUUCGACAUCGGCGUCAAUGGAUGAUAGCGUUGAAGAGGAAGCUAUGGAGAGUUCAAAGGCAGACGCGUCACCUACAGAAGAUGGUCAGACAGAGGCCAUGGACACGACUGCUGACAGCACUGCCCAGAAGGACCCGCCAGCCGAGGAGAUGAAGGCAGUGAGUCCUGACGAGUCUGCUAUGGAACAGGACUGAACCUGCUGUGGACAGUGCCGGCUACUGUGCUUACCUUCUCUCACCUUGUACUUCAGCCAUUUCUCCACCCCCACCCUCCCCUCCCCCUUUUCCAAACAAUUCAAGGGCAUGAAUUGAUCUCGAUUUUUCGCACAACUGAAAAAAAAAAUGUUGUGGCUGGUCUAUCUUUUUUUUUUUUUUUGGUCCUGCAACACAGCAAGACUCUCACUUCUUUCAUCAAGAAAUGAGUAACAAAGUUUCAAGCAGCAGCUAAGUUUUCCACAAUGACAGCACUGGUUGCUAGCAAACACCAAUACGAGAGGUACUGUGCAGCCUGUUCGCAAAUGGUACCAACUUCACUGGCAGUAGUCUUGUGCCAGUUUUGUUGAAUGGUGUUUCCCCCACCCGAGAGUCUGAAGUCACAUGAUUGUCCUGCAGGAGGUCAUGUCGAUGACUUUAGAAUCUCGUAAUACACACAGGUAAAAUGCCAGCAGUGCGUGUGUGGCGAGUUUUGCAAAGAUAGUAGGGUUACACCUGUACAUCCUUUUGUCAAAUCACCACCACUGAACAGCCUGAUGACUACGCAUUCGGCGAAUACAGAUGAUUAAUGUAAAGUUUGAUUGUAUCACACCAGUGGCAUCACGAGAUCAGAACUAGUGGCUGCACCCGCCUGUAAUUGCGAUUAGUGUUGCCAACAGUAACUGGUGUUGCAUUAAUGAUUUUAAUGCUGCAGUAACCUGGCAUCAAUUUGCAUACUAGCACCGAACCUGGAAUGCGUUUCAAAUGAUUGCCACAUUGCAUAAGGCAGUUCAAAGUACUAUAACCAUGCUUCCCUGAAGUUUUGAAAUUUGUUUGAGAGGUCAUGAAAAUUAUUGCACCUUGUAUAUCAAAAGACCUACCGUACAUGUGACCUCUUACUGCUUUUGCUGUUGCCCGGUGUAAGUAGAUAACAGACAAGUUUCAUCAGUUCUGACAGUACUGUCUAUAGUGUCCCCUGCAGCCUAUUUAGUUGCCAUGGCUGCUACUUUGUUGAUCCUUCUGUCCAGCUUAAGUCAUCACCUGUACUUUCUGCAAGUUUCUGGGACAAACUGUGGCAUAUUUGAUGUAACAGGCGCGAAGUAGAGUACUUGUUUCAUUAGCACAAGGCAGCAAUGUGUUGGGAACGCAUCUGCUCACAAGUGUAUGCAUUGAGCAGCUCAUCUUCAUUUUUAAAUAAAUUUUCUGUUCAUGCUUC